UUCAUGUGGAAUGGCUGCUCCGGGACUCCGUAGAGAAGCUGGUGGUUUGUUGACAUUUUUCUCCAUCAGCUGAGUGGCCAGAAGUUAGCCGUCGAGUUUCCGAGCAGCUCAGAACAAACCAACACCUCAGCUUUAUUUUUACCCGCUGACGCUGUCAUUCAGCUGUCACAAACCACAAACGCUUCACUCAUGUUUUACAUAACCAGCGGUGCUACACAGAAAACCAAGGGUUGCUGCGACCGUUAGCUACAUAUAGCUAGUGUUCGGCUGCAGCUAGCCUGGCUACGGAAAAGGCUAGCGACGUUAGCCGAUGUGAAGCGAAGACAUGGAGGGGAUACUUUACAAAUGGACGAACUACAUGACAGGAUGGCAGCCUCGCUGGUUCGUCUUAGAGAACGGAGUCAUCUCUUAUUACGACAGCGAGGACGAUGUUGGCAAAGGAAGCAAAGGAUCCAUCAAGAUGUCCGUAUGUGACAUUAAAGUUCAUCCGACAGAUACGACCCGUCUAGAGUUGAUAAUCCCUGGUGAACAGCAUUUCUACGUACGAGCUGUGAACGCUGCAGAGAGGCAGAGGUGGCUCGUGGCUUUGGGGUCAUCCAAAGCUGGGACACUGGACAGUAACAAACACAAAGGUCCAGACUGUCUGAAGACAAAAAUGUCUGAACUCCGCCUGUACUGUGACCUCCUCGUCCAGCAGGUCCAAACAAUCCAAUCACAGUACAGCGCUGACUCAGAGACCGCGCCGACUUCUGAGGCCUCGCUCCUCAGUGCCACAUGUGCCACUUUCAUCAGGACUCUGGAGGAGUGUAUGACCCUGGCCAAUCACAGUUUGACUCCUGACCUCCGACCUCCUGAAAGGAUGAAGCGGUCAAUCAGUCACCCUGGAACAUACAGCUUUGACAGGUCAGGUGUACUGAAGGAGUACGUGAGUGGAGGUCAAAGGUCAACUCAGCGGAGAAACCGUACCAACUCUGACAGCUCGGUUUAUGAUACUGAACGUUUGCUGCCUGCUCUCAACGGUGACUCGUCCUCCAUUCCCGAGGAGAGGGCAGGCAGUGUGAGCCCAAAGACCACGCCCACUGACACAGACACUGACCUUUCCAUCUGAAGACCCCAAGAUGCCCAUCCAAACCCUGAUAAACUCUAGAAGAUGUCACAAACGCCACCAGAUCAUUAUUUGCUGAGAUACUGACACCAUUACACCAAGGAUGAACAUUUUCGUUGUAGGAACGUCCUUCACAAGCUGUUUCUCAGCUAAUUGCCAAACAAAAGCACUUUGGAUUCAUAAGCUUUCAUUUCAUGAAGUCUUUCAGUUGCACAGUAUACACUAGACCUAGACUGACGGCAAUUCAGUCCCAAGCUGAAGUUCGAGAAAUUGAGAGUAUGAAUUAUAUGAAGCUUUAACCUGAUGAGGUGAGAGGACUCCACACUGUUAACCUUUCAGAUUUAACCAUGGAUACUUUUGUAGUCAUGUAGUUGUACUUGAAGUCCACAUCCUGGAUUCAAGGAAAAUUGUAAGUAUCCCCAGUCGAUCCAGCGAAUUUCCUCAGCUGGAACCAGAUGAUUGUAUCAGGCAGCUCCGUGACGCAGUGUGGACACGAUGAACUAUGAAUUCCUGGUUUCUGGAACAAUUAGAUGCCAGGGCUGCUUUAAUCAGAAUGUACUGAAGGUUUGUUGUGUUCUGAGGUUUGUUUGUGCAUCCAAAAACUGACCGCAGAGCCAAAAGUUUUGUUCAGUGGCACUUAGACAGGAUGUUGAAAUCCAGCAACUGUGACGCAAAAGCAUCUAUUUUUCUGGCUUUUCCUAAAGAGCCCCAAAUUACUUCUUUCCUCCCGUCUUCUGUGUUCUUCUUCCAGGCCUCCAGCUGAGCUCAUUGCCGAAAGCAAAGGCAAAAAAAAAAAGUUCUCCAUCACUCUUCGUCCCUGCUUUAACGAGUCUGCUUGUGUCUUCAGAUGUUUGCCAAAACAUAAUCACCUGCAUUAAAGCUGCCACCUUUCUUUUUCCAGGCGGUCAUGCUCAGCCUGGACCGUGUUACGCUCUUUGCAUCUUGUCCUCGUUUUGAGCCGAGUUUCACCUAAACUCCUAAGACAAGUGAACAGAAAUACUAAAUUUCAGAUAAUCUAGCUGGGAAUGUGAGCAAAUCUUUGAAUUUCUUAAUUAUUUCCUUGAAGAUGUGACCCUGACACCACUCAUUUUAGGGUGAAUAUGAAAACUGAGCUUUUUAGCAAUCGGUCACUGACAUGACUGAAGCAUUAAUGCUAGCUCAGAUCAUAUUAUAUUUGUGUGUGUGGUCACUGUGUCAGAUUAGGAGAUGUUUUAGAAGAUGGAUUCAGUUUUGGGAUUUAAUUGAGGCGGAAGUGCCUUCAACCUGCAUUCCUUUUGAUUGCCAGCAGGGGGCGACUCUUUGUGCUGCCUAGUCUUUGUGGAACUGUGAAGGUCGUUUUGUAAUUUACUAAAGUCAGAAAGGAGAAUCAUCCAGGUGCACUCGUAGACUUACGACUUUUCAGUUAUUUGUCCUCUGUUUCUUGGUCACAUUCAUCACUUGUUCAUCAAAAUUCUCUUCAAAACAACCGAAUGGUGGCGGAUAAAAACUUUGCCUUUUGUGAAUGAGAGUCACCACAGAUGCCACAUCCCAGUCAGUCACACUUGUUAUCCAGCCUUUUCAAAUGAGAGAACCAAAGUGUUGUGUAUAAACUGACAUAUAGUCUGUUUUACAGUCCUGCGUUUCCAACACUGGCAACAUCGUUUCUCUUUUGUUUUUGUCAUUUUCAGCUUCACGGAAAACUGGAGAAGGUUCCGGAAACUGAAGCGUAAAAAUCAAAAACCUUAUCUGAACCUUACUGUGAUCUGAUCUCCUCUUUAAGGUCAUUUUCAGCAUGUCUUUUUCUUUCCUCCAUUCUGACCACUCUCACUGUGUGACUUCACCAUGGACCUCACAUUAGUGCAAAGAACGAACAUCAACUUUUACUUUAAACUCAUCCAGAGUUUGUGGAUGAUCAUCGUUGGUGAUGAGAGCUGAAUCUUUAGCUAUGACCAAGCAGUUUCCAGUCAAAGACCAGAGUUUCCAAGUCCAAAGGCAGCACAUCAGGUUGAGGAAACUUAGAAGAAUGCUCUGCAUUUUUUUCAACAUUUAUCUGGUUGUGCAUCAUGGAUUCGUUCCCCAGCACAAGGCUGUGGAUACAGAGUUCUGCUGUAACAUCCUGAGGUGUCUGAGGGAGGAGAUUCAGAUGCAACGAUCUGAACUGUGGGGAUUUUCAGCCACAGACAUUCAGGCUUCGCUCACCACCUGUCUAACUCCCCAGAUUUGCCUCCCUGUGCCUGUGUUCACUUCCUGAAAGUAUAAAAUCAUGAGAAGUAUAACUGUUCAGACACACGAGAGGCGAUCAAGCAGCGUCGCAGAGGAGCGAGUGCAAGGAGACAGCAGCAGUCAUCUAAAAACUGCAGCCACACUGGUGAUCAAAAGUUUACAGUGUUUGAUUUUCACAUGUUGAUUCCCAAAACCUUAUCAAACUUUAAAAAUAUGUAAGGCUUAACGUUUCAGACGAUGAUGUAUUGUUUGCAAAGUGUUGUCUUUGUAAAUUUCUUUCUGAGGAGCUGCAAGGAGGAAAAAACGUGUUUGUGACAUUUGAAAAACUGCCUGCAGAAAGUAUCCACAGCAGGAUAAACAGUGUUCACCGCCAGAAAAUUAAAAAAAAACACAAGAUAUAUAAUUUUCUGUGGCUCAGACACUCUAAAGGUCAAAGUGACACAUUGAGUGGAAGAAGACAUUUAGAUUUGUGUGCGUGUGUGAGAGACGAGGAAGGCUGUCCCAAAUCUUCACACAUCACCUUUGAAGUCUGCACAGUGUCGUGUCACGCCACGCCACGCUUGCAUUGUUGUUCAAACACAGAAAAAGUAGUCAUGUGAAAACAAAGCAAACACAGUGAUGCUCACCAACGUUCCCGGCAGAAUACUGAACUGAAAAAAACCCCCAAACAUUUGAUGCCGUAGUGCGUUUGUGUUUACAUUAACGUCACUCGUGCCAAUUUAGAUGGACCACGUCUGUUGUAUCCUAAGCUUUGUGAAUUUUGUGGGUGUUUUGAAACAGACAGUUUUCCUGGUAACUUUACAGUACUUUCCCUUAACAUCCAUUUUUCUUUCAUGUGGUGACUUUUGCACUCCAGAGUCUUUUUUUAUAAAAAAUAUUUGAGAACUAAAUAAGUGGAUUAUAGUGACAAUGGUACUGCGUGUUGGAAACAGUGAUGGCUGUGAAACUUUGAAAGCUGCAGCCUUAAAUAUAUGAAAACUUCUUGAAACUUUUCUUCUGUGUAUUAUUCUACUCGAAUGUCUGUUCACUCUCUGUGAUGAAGACCCAGAGGUGCAUUUCCUGUGUAUAAUCAGAGCUGCACACAGUUUAAACUUUGGAUGUUAGCUUCAUGUCCUGUCACUGACCUGUGAUGUUACUCUCAUCUGCAGAGAGCUGUAUUUGAUCGUUAUGUGGGCCCAUCUAAAAUAAAGUCUACAUUUUGCCAAAUUUUCAGACUUGAUAGCACGACGACAACGCUUAAUGAGCUUUUGCUUCUCUGACUACUGACGUGGUCCACCGGCUGGUUCGGGACAUAUUUGGGCCUCAUAUAUGAUCCAUUUUCUGUCCAAUAACACAGAUGAUAGAUUAAAUCGAUCAAAAACUGGACUUUUUUUAAAAAAAAUUUUAUUAUUGAAUCACUUUCAGGACCCUUAUUAAUACAGUGAAUUUUUAAAAAAGUUUUAGAUUUACCUUUACCUAUGGUCGUGAGCUUAUACAGUCGACACCGCUUCUCUGAAUUGAAAGAGCCAGCUGACAUAGUUUGGACUUCCAGGGGCAGAUCCAGCACACUCAGGAGAGAUUGUGGCUCUCGGCUAGUUUGGGAAUUUCUCAAAGAGCAGGAGGUGGGAGCAUCCAUGCCCCUGUGCCCAGAGAAGCCGUAGACCAUGCAUAAACAAUGAGCUGAUGAAUGCAGGGGAGAGAACUCAUCAGAAUAUAUUUGCUGAGCUAUGUAAGAGGAAUAUUACAAACUCUAGAUAUAUGAAUUUUAAAAUAAAUAUAAAGAUGUUUUUCUUGCUGUUCUUUGGCAUCCAGAUAUUGAGAUCCCGCCCAUAUCUUAAUGAGUCAUCUUUGCAAGUACGGGGAGGCUGACUGUGUUACAUGUAAGCCGCCCUUUCCACAUUUCCAUGCUAAGCAAACUGUUUAGCUGUAGAUUCAUGUGUUCAGGAUUCUUUGGAACCCCCCCCCAAAUAAAUAAAUAAAUAAAUAAAUAUCCUGCCCUUAAACACCUCAGUCAACAAGCUCUGAUGUGUGAGAGAGAGAAGCUUAAAUAUUACACUCCUGAGUUACUCCCAAAUCUCUUUUUUUCUUCUUGCGGAUUAUUUUGUAUUUGUUGUGGCCAAACCAGCAGAGAUUUUCAUGCCUUAACUGUCUCUGAGUGACGUAAGUGGGUGUAUCAGAUCAGAUUUUCAUUGUCUGAAUAAAGAAAUGUUUGAAACUGAAGGUGGUUUUUUUUUUUCCCUUUCAUAUUUAAGGGUUUAUAUAGACCUUUAACACGCAUGCAUAUACUACCUGCCCAUAAAUCAACAGCAGUUUAAGACUUUUAAUAGGAGCUUUGUGUUUAUUCAGCUGGUGGGAGGUUGUGGAGGGGCCUGGACGAUGAUCCUGUUGCGUGUUUACAAAAGGUGUGUGUAUGCAUAUGUGCUUGUGUGUGUCGAUCUGUGGUUGGAAGUCGGCUCUUUAUUUUAUUUAUUUUCUGACAGCGAUGAGCUCAGUGUGUCUCUUCCUCAAACAGCACAUAUCAAGACGCACUCACCUGACGCUCAUUUGCACAAAGACACGCAGGUGUGUGAAGCAGAAGUAUCCCGGACCUGAGGCAGAGAACCGGGAAGCAUGGACGAGUCUGGAGGACUUCACUCAGAUUCUGAACAAAACACUGAGGACAAUCAAGCACAUCGUCAAAAACAAGCAAAGAGUCUAUCUCGCUGCCCUGACUGCUACAACCACAAGGCACACUUCAGGUCUCGGUGGGGGGGCAGGAGUGAGUCCAGCUCAUCUGACGAAGACUUUGGAUCAGAGGUUAAGUCCGACUCAGAAGCAGAGUCCAGUUCCAGCAGCAGUUGCUUUACUGGGAACGUCGUAGAAGAGACACCAGUGAGGCCUGUGUGUGAAGACACUGCUGAACCUGAUUCUGGAGGGCAGGAUGGUGUCAGGCGAGCGGAGACAUCUGAGACUCCAGAGGAUAAGGGAAGGAUGAAGGGGAUGCUCAAAAGACCUCAGCUAACCAAGUCUGUCAGUCUCCUGCCCCACCCUCGCCAAGUCACCUCCACCCUUCACCUCCAGGUGCUGCCCCAAAAACACAAGAAUGACACCACCUACACCAUCUGCCGACCAGAGAGAGGGGGAACCUUAGGAAGAAGAGACAAUAUCCCUCCCUCUGUACCAUUCCCAUGCCCGCGGCAGCCACCACAUCUUCAGCCUGACUAUAUUCCUCCUCUUGUACGUCAGGGUCAAUAUAUACCUCCACCUCUGCACACGUUUCCUAUGUUAUAUGCACCUCUUCAGGCUCCAAAUGCAUCCUGCACACAUCUGCAAACACUUACUGCACAACCAUGCCAGUGUUAUUACUGUAUGUACUUUCCUCACACACACUGGAGUCAUUACAGCAGUACACAGCUGCCCUGGUAAUACAGUGCCCUGCAGUGUUGUAUACAGCCCUUAAGCAUGUGAAAAAACCAAUAAAGAAAUGUGAAUAUAAGGCAUUAAAUUAAUGUUUUGUCAUUGUAAACAAUAAUGCAAUAAUCCUGUCUGGGAGAGUGGACCUCCCCUGCAUACAUCACAUGCAUGCAAUCGUAAAGGACCGUUUUGUUUGAAUCCUGCGUGGAAACCUCAUCUAGUAGGAGGGGCUUAUAAACAAGAGAGAGUCACAUAAGGACUGCUCGAUCAUCAAAUUUGUAUUUUUUUUUUUUUUUAUAUUACAGUUUUAGUUAAAU